UAUGUUUUCUAAAGAGACUGGGACCAUCCUCUUGAGUGCACGUGGCAGCUAUUCCAGUGGAAAAGCCUAGGUUUUGGUCAUCAGAGAGCUGGGUUCAAGCCUGAGGCUCACCAGUUACUGGCCAGCAGGUCCCUGAUCACGUGUCUUCUGCUUCCCUGAGCCACAUUUCCCUCCUCUGUAAAAUGGAAAGAGUAAGCCUUGGAAGUUGUUGUAGAGAGUCAAAGUAUGUGAAGCAUUUAGCCCUCAGUAGACAUUAGCUUCCUUCCUAUUGCCUGCUAAGGUGGGCUUCAUGAGGAGUGCGGUUGCUAACCAGCCCCUUUGGUCAAGAACCAGGAUUGCUUUCUCCUCCCCUGACCUCUUCCUCUCAGAGACCCUGGAACGCCACAGCGUGUGACCACCUCUUUCCUUCUGGCUGAACCUCCCCAGGUAGCGGGCCCCUCCCCUGAGCCCCGUGCAGCUGUCUGUGUCUGGUUUCAGCAGCUCUCUUGGGCGCCCUGCCCAUAGGGAGAAUAGAAGGUUGUACUCCUUGCCAGGACUCCUGCGGCCCAGUUUUGGAACCAGAGCCUGGGAACCUGUGUCAGGCUGGUCACUCACCACCAGCCUGGAGGGCCCAGCACAGUCUUCCAGUGUGUGAAGCUGAUGGCCGAAUGACAGGGGCUGAGGGAGAGGCCGGCACACAGGCCAGACCCUUGAUCUAAAAGCCUGUGAGAAGAAGCCCUGCGUGGAUCUUUGCAGCAGUCAUUGUUCGUAUUUUCUAGAUUGUCCACGAGAAAAUACCAUAUGCUGUUCAACCUACUGUGGGAAUGUUUGCAUGAGCCUCCAGAUGAAGUCAUCUCCUCGGCCCUGUGACAUAAUAGCGCUUGAAGAGACUUUGAUCACUGAAUAUCCCACAGGACAUCAUGCUGCGCUUUCAGGUUAUUUACAUUGUGCCAACUGGCCAUGGGGAAAUACAGCAACUGGAAAGGGGAUAAACAUCCUGACAGUAUAUAUUCAGACACAUACAGUCAGCAUCAUGAAGCUCUGGACACCUCAACUCGUGACAUUCCUCUGUAUGGAGCUACUGUCUGUGCUGGGAGUGAUGAAGGAAAAAUACAGCUGGGAUGAAAUGUUCAUUGAGGAGUGCUGGGGAGAGCCAAGUGUCAUUGAAUGUACCAAGAAGUGCUCUAGAGCCCUUAAAUGUACAAACAAAAAUUACACAUGCUGCUGGACCUAUUGUGGAAACAUCUGUUGGAAAAAUAAAGAAAUCUUUGCAUGAGGUCUAAACCCUAACCUCCCAGCAGGACACCAGUCUGUUCACACUGAGGGCUGGGCAAGAGCAAAUCCUUGACAAAUAAACUCAUUU